AUGGCUGCGCCCGGGGCUGGCUUUCAGCCUCGUGAGCGGCGGGAUGGGGAACGCGACGAGGACUGGGAGGCGGUGGCGCCCAAGCGGCCCCGCUUCGGGGCGGGCAGCAAGUGCGGAGGUCGCAGGCUCAUUGUGGUGCUGGAAGGGGCCAGUCUGGAGACAGUCAAGGUGGGGAAGACUUACGAGCUCCUCAACUGUGACAAGCACAAGUCGAUGCUCUUGAAGAAUGGCCGGGACCCCGGGGAAGUGAGGCCCGACAUAGCCCACCAGAGCUUGCUGAUGCUGAUGGACAGCCCCCUGAACCGGGCGGGCCUGCUGCAGGUGUACGUGCACACGCAGAAGAACGUGCUCAUCGAAGUCAACCCCCAGACGCGCAUCCCCAGGACCUUCGAGCGGUUUUGUGGCCUCAUGGUUCAGCUUUUACACAAACUCAGUGUUCGAGCAGCUGACGGCCCCCAGAAGCUCUUAAAGGUCAUCAAGAACCCCGUGUCCGACCACUUCCCCGUGGGCUGUAUGAAGAUCGGCACCUCCUUCUCCGUCCCGACCGUCAGUGACGUGCGGGAGCUGGUGCCCAGCAGCGACCCCAUUGUUUUUGUGGUGGGCGCCUUUGCCCACGGCCAGGUCAAGGUGGAGUAUACGGAGAAGAUGGUGUCCAUCAGCAACUACCCGCUGUCCGCUGCCCUCACCUGCGCAAAAGUCACCACCGCCUUUGAAGAAGUCUGGGGGGUCGUCUGAGAGCCGGACUGGGGGGCUGGGCGGCGCAGACCCU